AAAGAUUCUAAUGAAAUAUUCUUAGAUUCGUUGCAUAAUUGAGUGGAUGAUAUUCCAUCGUGGUUGAAUAAAGACUGCAAAACUUUUGGUAUACGUCGAAGAGAAUUGAAAAACGCCUUCGAACAUUUCGCAAGUAGAGGUUAAGAGAUACGAUGUCUGGGAUCGACGAGCGGGUUGACGAAUUGAACAAAAAGUUUUUAGAGUUCAUGAGCAAACCGGAAAACGUUGACGCGGCGUCUAAAGAGAUAUACGAGGACCUUUUGGACGAGGUGAUGAUGGGCUUCGUUUUUGAUGUUCACAGAACCGUGAAAACAGGCAGUUCGGACGUCGAAGAGGGCAUUCCCGACGACGAGUCAUACGCCAUAGUCGACCUGCCGGGUCUCGACGUCUUUGGCCAGCAGGCGAUAAAGAAAUCUCAGGACUGCGCUUGUCCUAACUGUGACCGGGGUGUAGCGGCCUGUCGCUUUGCCACGCACCUGGAGAAGUGCAUGGGAAUGGGAAGGAACAGUUCAAGGAUAGCGUCAAGGCGUAUUGCGAACAGUUCCAAAGACCUGAGCACUCUUAGUGGCGUCCUGAGCGACGACGACGACGAUGUCGACUGGAGCCUGACAAACGACAAACGAAAAAGACGCAAGGAUCGAAAUGGACUAAAGAAGUCGAAGCAGAGCAAGAGCGUUCAUAGAAACGGGGACAUCGGAUCUGCCGGAGGUGACAACAAUCAUACGAGCAAUGAGAACUCUCCCUCGAACUAUGAGAACAUGUCUGUUGAGGACAAACGCGCCCUGUUGACACAAAUCUGCGGGGUGGUUUCCGAACACACUAAGAAACUCUGCACAAGGUCGAUGCGAUGUCCACAACACACCGACGACCAGCGGAAGGACAUGCGUGCCAAUCUUGAGACCACCAACAAUGGACAUUCUAAUCAGGACAAUCUUCACGUCGACGUCGACACCUACGAAGAAGGGGAUGGCCAGAAUUUAAGGGACGCUUUGGCCAGGUGGGAUCUCGAAGUUUCCAGCCAUUCCAGUCCCGCAGAUUCCGCAUCCACGACCUCCACAUCUUCCUCCAGUAGGAAACGGGAUUCCAAGUCCAAGGGGAAAGGAAAGGGGUCGAAGCGAGACAGGGGAUCUCCUAUUUCUCAAGGCGAUUAAUUGGACCUCCUGAUUCGAUCAACUUGAGGAAAUGGAAAUCACUCGCAGUGGUUUUGGUGUGGCUCAUUCAGCUCUGGAUCUCCCAAAUGAUUUAGCUAUCAUGAGUGGCAUCAAGAGUGAUAGAAAACGCUUUAAAGCUGGAAAGAAGAUAUUUCUUGCGCUAGUCGAUAAUUCGAC